AUGCCAGCCUUCCCGUUCAAUGAUCUCCCAACGGAGAUGCGCAAGAAGAUUGUCUUGCACGCACUCCCAUGCGUGACAGUGCCUUUUCGGUACUUGCACAGUAACAUCGCACGGGUCCAUGACCACCACGAAGAACAAGCCUUCAAGGCUCUGCAGGAGUCGACCGGCGAAAUUGCCUCGCUUUCCAAUCAAAUCCGGUGCUUGGAAGCCAUACGCGACAACGGAACCCUGAUCAUGUCGAGCAUUGGGGGGGUUCCUUUCCGAAUGGACCCCAUCCACGAUACGUUCCAGGCGGUUGAUAUGCGCCUCCCUGCUGUCCGUCCCUCUGCGUCAUGGAACCCGGAGAAUGUUUCAGGACAGCAUCGACAUGCUCUCCCCGUGGAGAAUGUGCUCGGUGUGUCGCGAACUGUUUGGCUCCCCCGGGGUCAAGCUCCUCCCGAAGACGACCAUAGCGAUAGUUCCAGUCACGUAUCUGAUGAAGCCGGGCCAUCAGAUUUUCCUCCCCCUGCUACUUACUAUGACAUGCCGCUGGAGAAAAACCUACCGAUCUUCUCUCGUCUCCCCAAAGCGAAGAACCUGGCAUUGAUCAUUGAGAAUGCUGGGCGCGAAUGGAGCAUUGAAGGUUUCCAGAUGUUUGGGCCAGAUGUCAUCGGUCCUCGAUUCCACGGCAAUGACUGGGGCAUGCGGCGCGCCGGCGAUCACUCUCUUGAAGCUCAGAACCAUUUCCUGAGCCGUGGAAUACAAGCAGACACACGGACACAAUGGAACUUCAAGAAUGGAUGGGACUACUUGAGUAGUCCCGAAGACGCCUCCCAGUAUCCUCCUACCGAUUCGCGAUUCUCACUGCCCAAUAUUGGGUUCUACGGCUACAGCCGCGGCAACGUCUCCCUUGGAGGUCAUUGGGCCGGAUUUCGACUUUGGCUGGCUGAAAAGAAAGUGGAAUUCAGCCCCCUGUCGUGGUGGGAGGUUGAGCCGCUUAUCGGGGAUUACUUCUCCAUCGAGGAGCGAGGUUACCAUACCUGUCACCCAGGCUUUGUGGCACGGGUCUGGGUUAUCCGAUCCGAGAAAGACCUUGCGCCGACCCAACGACCGCACCACCACUGGGAGGAGGUUCGUGAGGCUGAAAUCGGGGAUCCUGCGUCCGUUGAACAGAUCUCCACGACGUGGAAGAUGGUUCGGGACAUGCUUUCUCGUGUUCGUGGCGCUGUCAGCAUCGAAGAUGACAACGACCUCAACCUGGCCGACGGAAACUAUGCUUUCCAGAUGGAACAUGUCUAG